GUAGCCCAGGCGGGACACACCCACGGUUCGGCACUUAAGUUGUUGUGAGUCUCAAGUUUGGCGAGGCCUGGGGGGGUUCCCAGGUUCCCCGCUAAUCUGGAAAAUGACGGCUUCUUGCGGGUCUCGAAGGAUACCUGCCCGCCGCCCCGAGAGUUCCUUUUCUUGUUGGAGCUUUGUUGGGAUCCUCCUAGUGGUCCUGCUACCCACAUCCACCGAUGCCUGUGGUGCUCCACCAAGAUAUGAAUCUAUGAUGCUCAAAGGUGGUUCUAAUGACGUUUAUCAACCUGGGGACACUGUAGAAUAUCAGUGUCGCCCAGGAUACAUCCCUAUUCUUCCUCGUCUUCCUGUGCUUUCUGUUUGUCGGUCUGAUAACACAUGGGAACCUCUCCAGGAGGCUUGUUCAAGAAAACCAUGUCCACAAUUACCAGACCCGUUAAAUGGCCAAGUCAGUGGAAAUUUUCAGUUUGGUUCAGAGGCUCACUAUACUUGUAAUAAUGGUUAUCACUUAGUUGGAGAAGCAACUCUGUAUUGCGAGCUCUCUGGAAAUACUGUGGAUUGGAGUGCUGAUCCCCCACAAUGUGAAAAGAUUUUGUGUCGGCCACCUAAACAAAUAGAAAAUGGCAUCACCAAUACCCAGAAGGAAUCAUAUGAAUAUAAUGAAGUAGUAAUUUAUAGUUGUGCAUCAAAUAUAUACUCACUUAUUGGAAACAGCACGCUUAUUUGUACUGGGCAUGAUCUAUGGAGUAGUAACCCUCCUGAGUGCAAAGUAGUCAGAUGUAAGUCUCCAGUCCCGAAGAAUGGACAACUGUUGUCAGGACAUAAAGUACAAUUUUCGUACCAAGACAAGGUUCUACUUGGAUGCAAGGAGGGUUUUCACCCACAAGGCAGCAAGACAGUCGUCUGCGGAGCUAACAGUGAAUGGGAACCACAACCACCAGAGUGCAUUAGUGUACCAACUCCUCCCAGCACAACACCUCCAGUUUCCACUGUCACAGGUCCUGUUACUUCAGCCAAGCCUCCAAGCACAAGUCAUCCAGGUCCUGUUACUUCAGCCAAGCCUCCAAGCACAAGUCAUCCAGGACCAGCUCCUGGACCAUCAACUCUUAGUCCACCAACUCAUAGUCCACCAGCUGAUGCUUUAGGUGCCGGAGGAAUUGCUGCAAUUGUUAUUUCUGUGGUUGCUGUCAUUGCAAUAAUUGGCGGUGGCCUCCUGUCCCUUCACAAGAAGAAGAAAGGCACCUACCUAACUGGUGAGAGCCACAGAGAAGUAAAAUUUAUUUCUCUCUGAGAAGAAGAGAUGAAAGGUUUGCUUUUAUCAUUAAAAGGAAAACAGAUGUUAAUGCCGAAUACAGACAGGCCUUACCACAAUAAGGCAAGCACUCCAGCAGAGCACUAAAUGGUUUCCCAAAAACCGGCGUAACAUGUUUCAUCUUUUGAUUCUGUUAAAAUGUCAAGGUCUACAUUUUCGCAUGGCUGCUAUGCAAAACAGUAUGGGAGAUCCUCAGAAAGUUAAAGAUAGAACCACCUUAUGAUCUGGCAGUUCCACUUCUGGGUAUCUAUCGGAAUGAAAUGAAAUCAUGAUGUGGAAGAGAUACCUGCCCCUCCCUGUUUGUUGCAGCAGCAUUCACAAUAACCAAGACAUGGAACAGCCAAAGUGUCCAUCAACGGAUCAAUGGAUAAAGACAAGUGUACUUGUACAGUGAAAUACUAUUCAGUCAUAAAAAGGAAAUCCAGACCUUGGCAACAGUGAGGAUGGACCUUGAGGGCAUUUUGCUAAGUGAAAUGUCAUACAGGGGAGACAAAUACUGUGUGAUCUUAGAUGUAGAAUCUAUAAAAAAUAAAACAAGAAAUCACUUUUGGAGGGACCAGGGGUGGGUGGUGGGUGGUGGGCAGUGGGGUGAGGAAAUUGGAUGAGGUGUUCAAAAUGUAUCGACUUCCAGUUACGAGUGCAUAUUGGGAUGUAACGUGUAGCAUGGUGACUGGUGUGCUAGAUUGCAUAUUGGCAAGUUCUUAAAAGAAUAGAUCUUAAAAAUUGUGAUCAUAAGGAAAACUUUUUUGUAACUGAGUUGAUGGGUAUAAACUAAAAUUGUGCUGUCAUUUCAUAACAUACAAAUUAUCAAAUGUCCACCUUAAACUUACACAGUCUUACACAUUAUAUCAAUACAACUAUAAAGGAAGAGUCUACAGAGGUGCUUAAUGAUUUCUUAAAGUGUCAUGAAUGUUCAGACAAUGCUCAGGUUUUAAUGUCAUUUGAAUGUCGUCAUUGUCCUUCGAUGCCUCUCCGAAAGGGGCAUGAAUUUGCGUCUGAACAUCUUGCCUCUUGUACCUCAAAGAGCACUUGCAUUUGUAGGGCGAGUCAACACAAGGCCCCUGGUAGUAUUAAGGUGGAAAAUCUCAAAAUUUAGAGAAAUAUACUUCAAAAUGAGAUUGUAUUUCAUCUGUAAAGAAUGUGAUUUUGAAACCUUUCUAAAAAAAGUAAUACCAACUCUUAAGAUUCAUUCUCUCAACAACUAUGUAUGGUAUAUAGUUUAUUGUAAAAAGUCUGUAUAAAUAUGUGUAUAAUACUUUAGCCCUUAAAAAUUAAAAAUAAGAUUACUGAAAACUGGGAAUUUGAGUAAGUUUGACUCCUUAACUAAGAAUAUUAUUGGGAUAUACUCAGAGUAAACAGUGAAAUUCUAUUAAAAAGAAACAUUUUAACUUCUUGGUAAUUUAGAGAAGCCAUAAGUAAAGUUAAUGUAUGGCAUUUGUUCACUUUUUUUUUUUAAGAUUUUAUUUCAUUUUAGAGAGGGGAAAGGAAGGGAGAAAGAGAGGGAAACAUCAGUGUGUGGUUGCCUCUUGAGCACCCCUCCUGGGGUCCUGGCCUGCAACCCAGGCCUGUGCCCCAAGUGGGAAUUGAACCGGCGAGCCUUUGGUUCUCAGGUCAGCGCUCAAUCCCCUGAGCCACACCAGCCAGGGCUGUUCACUUCAAUAUCAAACUUAAUCUAAAUCAGUAAAAAUUCAGCAACAGUAGUAUACUUCUAUAAAGAGUUAGAACACAUUCAAUAACAAGAAUGCUAGUUUAAUACAAAGUGAAUGCUGUGGCCUUGUAGUUUUCUCAGGGAGAAUUCUACUCUUUAAGGGAUGUAGAGUUCUGGCCUUGAUGGUUUUCUCUCCCUACUUGAAAAAAAGUAGGAUAGCUCACUCAGUCACCUAGCCUUAGGCAGUUUUGUGGGGGAGUAAACUUAGAUAAUCUCAAGUUGCAUCAGAAUUAGUUUUUGUGUGCACCUUGCCAGGAAACUGUUGGUUGGUGGUCCUAGAAGGAAAAUCACCUAGCUCAUCAGGUAGCACUUUAUGCUCAGGUGGAAUAGAUUCCCCCUCUUCUGAGUCCUUGCACCAAUCAGGGUCUCUUUCAGAUGAGCCAGUGGGCAAAGAGAAGGGACUGCUACUCUAAUUCCUUCUUACACGUUUUGUUUUACACUUUUCUGUAGCACAAAUUUGGCCAAAGAAAUGUUGCCCUAAAUUGGACAUGAUUUGGGGUAUCAGUGGACCAGAGUAAAGACUAUUUUACUGUAUAAAAUGUGCCUUCCCUCUGUAAUCUCUAGUGAGGGGCAUUUGGAAGAUGAGUUUGAGUGGGAAUACACUGGAAUUCGGAAUUAGAAGUCUACCUAUUUUCACAUACUUAUUUUCAAAAAUGCAGUGCUUGCUUAGAAGCAGGGAUGGAUAUACUAUUCACUUAUUAAAGCCUAAUUGUAUUUUUCAACCAGAUUGUUAUGCUUACCAAAAUAAAUGCACUUUUACAGUAGUUUCUGCUUCAAAUUUACUUUUUUCAAUUUAAUGGUUAAUAUGUAUAAAAAUUAUGUCAAAUAAUUUUUCAGUUACUGAAAUGUAUGAGGGAACCAAUUUUUGUUGAAAAGUUUGUUCAAAUGACAGAGAAAGAAGGAUAUUUGAAUUAAAGUUUUUUAAAGCUGGAAAAAUGUAUUUGCAGUGAAAUGGGAAGCCCCAGGUAUGGAGGAGGUUUUUGUUUAGUUUUUGAAAAAUAGCUUCAAAUCUGCUAAAAAUAAAAUGCAGGAUUACAAAUGA